GUCCCCCUGGCACGAAAGGUUCACAAGGGGUCCCAGGGCGUUUUGGCCAGCCUGGUUCUCCUGGAUCACCUGGACUGAAGGGAGACAAGGGGGAUCCUGGUACAUCAGGCACUGGCAUUCCGGGUCCUCCUGGCCCCAAGGGUGAAAGUGGACUGCCUGGCUACCCUGGUUCUCCAGGCCCUAAAGGAUCUCUUGGAAAUCCAGGGUUGUCUGGCUUGCCAGGUUCUUUGGGAGCAAAAGGUGAACCUGGCCUUCCUGGAUUCCCAGGGACACCAGGCAUUUCAGGACCAAAAGGUCUUGAUGGACCUCCAGGAAACCCAGGUGUUCCAGGGCCACCUGGACCUCCAGGUGAAUUUGGUCGCCCUGGCUCUCCAGGCCUCCUGGGGGAAAAAGGAAAACCUGGGCAAGAUGGCAUCCCUGGACCAUCAGGGCAGAAAGGAGAACCAGGUCAACCAGGAUUUGGACUUCCCGGACCUCCAGGCCUCCCAGGACUCGCAGGUCAAAAGGGAGAUUCAGGCUACUUUGGACCCCCGGGGCCUCCAGGAUCCCCUGGUUUAAAAGGAGAAAUGGGUCCCAAGGGAUUUCCUGGCCUUCAGGGUUUAGAAGGUCCUCCAGGACUUCCUGGGCCACCAUCAGAAGGACCUAAGGGUAGCCCUGGGCUACCAGGCAUACCAGGACGGCCAGGUGCCACAGGUCAUCCAGGUCUUCCUGGGCCUGAAGGACCCCCUGGACCACCCGGGAUUGGGGGAGUGAAAGGAGAAAAAGGAAACCCUGGACAGAUAGGUCAGCCUGGACUGCCCGGACUGAAGGGAGAUCAAGGGGCACCUGGACAGCCGGGUGAACCUGGACGCCCAGGCCUGAAUGGGAUGAAGGGAGACUCAGGUGUUCCUGGAGUACCAGGAUUUCCAGGUUUGAAGGGACCUACUGGACCUUUGGGACCUUCUGGCCCUGGAGGAGACCCUGGACCCUUUGGCUCCCCAGGUCCUCCAGGUAUACCUGGUACACCUGGACAAACAGUUGUGGUUAAAGGUGAUCAAGGGCCACCUGGUCCUUCAGGGCAGCCUGGAAUGAAGGGUCUAUCUGGACUUCCAGGGCCUCCAGGUUUGCCAGGUUCAUUUGGUUUUCCUGGUGAUGCUGGACGUGAUGGUCCCCCUGGUUCUGAUGGUCCAGCAGGACGUAAAGGGGAGAGAGGACUCCCAGGCCAGCCAGGUCUGCGUGGUUCACAGGGGCCUCCUGGCCCUGAUGGAUUGCAAGGUCCUCCAGGACUCCCAGGACCAGGUUCAGUCGCCCAUGGAUUCCUGAUCACUCGUCACAGCCAAACCACCGAUGCCCCCUUCUGCCCACCAGGAACCAGCCAGAUCUAUGAUGGAUUUUCCCUUCUCUAUGUGCAAGGAAAUGAGAGAGCUCAUGGGCAGGAUCUGG